AUGGCGGUGGUAACUGAGGUGCGACACAAUGGCGGGCCUGCUGCGGCAAAAGUCACUGCAGACGAUGCAGGAGGGCUGGAGCCCUAUCUCACUCUUUCCCGCCGAAGUCAAGUCAUGAUCAACCGAAAUCUAUGGCAACAGCACGGUCUGGUCAAUGCAACGGUUGGAACGGUGGAAGAUGUGAUUUGGGCGCAAGGAGCCUCGACCUCUGAUUUACCGGAGGUGGUCCUUGUCUCUUGCAAGGACUACACGGGCCCGACGCUAUGGCAAACCGAGCCACAGCUUCCGGACUUUCCCGGGGGUGUUCCAAUUGUGCCGAUCCCUACCGUUAAGAGCACCUUCGAUGUGGGCGACAAGCAGAUGUCCCAUGUUCAAGUUCCUCUCAGACUGGCAUGGGCAGUGACGAUCCACAAAUCCCAAGGUCUGACCAUUCCGAAGAUAAAGCUCGGGUUGGGGAAGAAAGAGUUUGCCGUGGGAUUGACUUUCGUUGGGUUGUCGAGGGUGAAAGCAUUGGCAGACAUUGCUAUAUUGGGGCAAUUGGACUAUUCUCGAGUUCAUAAUCUCGGUGGAAAGAAUAUGCAGUACAGGUUAGACGACUGGGCUCGUAGAUACAGAAUUUGA